UCCACGGCGCGCUGCCACGAUCACUGUUCCUCCGGAUCUCGAGCGGUGCGCGUCGUCUCAUCACGGUCGGCACUUGAACGCCGCUCUCUCCCUUUCUCGCAUCGAUCCCCAGUGCGUUAUCGUGUACCUCGAGCGAGACACAACUAACACGAUAGUUGAACUGCCGUGUUUCAUUUCGCUCUGCACUGUCGAGUGCCUAUUAUUUUUGUGGUGCUGUGCUUUCUUCAACAUUCAAGUGUGAAUAAAAACCAAAUGGUUGUGGUCGAAGAGGGCAGUAUGCUGACCACCGGACCAAAUCAGUACCUGCAGCCGGACUAUCUUUCUCCGCUUCCAACUACGUUGGACGCGAAGAAGAGUCCCUUGGCAUUGCUAGCCCAGACCUGCAGCCAGAUCGGCGCGGACUCGCCGACGAAGCCACUGAUCUCGUCGUUGGACAAGUCCGGCAAGGGCUCCUCAACGGCGUCGAGCGCGCGCUCACCGCCGACGGCGAAACUCGAGCGCUCGCGCAAUAGUCCGUCCGACGGCGGCAGCAAGUCCAACUCCACGUCGUCGUCCUCGUCGUCGUCGCUGUCGUCCUCGUCGCUACUGGCGUUCAAGCCGUACGAGACGAACGUAGUGUCGAAGCGCAGCAGCGAGGAAUCGCGACCCGCUUCUAAAGCGAGCAGUGUGCACAGUGCAAGUGGUGUCGCCGACAGUGCGAGUGCCAGUGACGACACCAACAACAACACCCACAAGCGGUCGAGCCACCGCAGCACGCCGGUCGGGCGCAAGUCGGCGUCGCCCACGCAAACGAGCCCGUGCAACAGCAGCAGCAGCAGCAACAGCAGCAGCGGCGGCGGCGGCGGCAGCAGCAGCAAGAGCCCGAGCGGCAGCAGCAGCGAGCGCAAGACGCCCGCGCAGGAGCGCGACAAGUCGAGCGCGUCGCCGAAGAACAGCGGCGGCGCCAGUCCCAUCAUCCGCUCGGGCAUGGAGAUCCUGUCGGGCCACAAGGACGCGGCGAGCAUGUACAAGCCGGGCGGCCUGCCGUUCGCCGCCGCGAGCGCGCUGUGCUGUCCGCCGAGCGUGGCCGAGAACCCGGCCUUCAGACCCCCGUUCGCCGGCGCGCCGCCCUUCUCGCACCACCACGCCGCCGCGCUGCUCGGCUACACGGCCGCCAACAACCCGUACCUCAACUACGCCAGGGUGAAGACGGCGUCGGGCGGCGAGACGCUCGUGCCCGUGUCCGUGUGCAAGGACCCGUUCUGCAACGGCUGCCAGUACAGCGUGCACAACCUCAUGGGCGCGCCGGCGGCCGCCGCCUGCCCGAGCGGCUGCACGCAGUGCGACCACCAGAAGUACGGGCUGAUGAGCCUGUCGUCGCUGGGGCCCAUGGCGCCACCGGCGCUGGCCGGCUACGCGGCGCCGCUGCCCGCCGCGGUGGCCGCGGCGGCCGCGGCCGCCGGCAAGCCGCACGUGUGCAGCUGGGUCGCCGGCGACUCCUACUGCGGCAAGAGGUUCGCCACCUCCGACGAGCUCCUCCAGCACCUGCGCAGCCACACGAGCCUCGGCGCCGAGGCGCUGCACCCGCUGCUGUCGCCGCGCGGCUACCCGGCGCCGUCGCUCAGUCCGCUCAGCGCCAGAUACCACCCCUACGGCAAGCCGCCCACGGCGCCGCUGCCGGCCUCGAUCGCCGCCUCACCUUACAGCGCGUUCAACGCCCUCGGCCCUUACUACUCGCCCUACACUAUCUACGGCCAGAGACUUGGCGCUGCCGUGCAUCCUUAAUCCAGUGUGCAGUGCAUCGCUGAUGAUAGACCCAACGAUCAUGAUGAUGAUGACAUCGGGUACAGAGUGUGCUCGGGUUAAAGUGCGUGGAAAUAUAUAUGACGAGGAUCAACGCGCGUCGUCUCGUCGUCUCUCUCACCGAUUCGUUUUUCCGAAUGUGACUGUGAUAUUACGUACCCGCAAAAUUUCCCAGGACGGAAUAAAAUUGACGGAAUGAGUGUGCGCGAAUGUGUGACGAACGCCCGACCAAAGGUCGCCAAUGUCCUAUUUAUACCGUCAUUAUUUAUUAUUUAUCAUCGCGCGUACGUGCGAUUGGUUUCAUGAGAUGUGCAAGAGCGAGGAAAAGAAAGUUUCUUUGAGUGUGUGCGUGUGUGUAUGUGUGUGUGAGAGAGAGAAUAUGAGAGUAGAAAGGAUCGUUGCGAAGCAAAUUUAAAUACGACUGCAUUGAUUAUGUUAACAACUAUUGCGACGACGAUUUUUUUUUUCUUUCUCGACUUUCUUUUUUCUCCUCUGUUCUUUUUUUUUAAUAUUAAACUUAAUUAUUAUUGUCACGAGCACUUGUAAAUACGAUCUGUAAAUAUCGUUGAGUUUCCAUACCGCUUUAAUAAAAACACGUUUGUA